UCCCUCGUUCCUCUCAGCGGCUUUUCCUGAGGUGAGGAGGCCGAGGCUGCCUGGCUGGCCGGCCGGCGAGCAAGCAAGCGCGGCAUUUGCGAGCCGGGGUCCGGCUGAGGGACGAGGCGGGGGCGGAGGAGAAGAAAAGCACCUGCCGGCUAAGGCGGGCAAAUCUAGGCCGGGGCUUCUGUAGCGCCGCUGGGCCUCUUCGCCGCCGCCUGAGGUGAAGGAAGAAGCAGCCGUGGGCAAGGCAGGAGCGAGCGAGCGACCGAGUGAGUUAGUUUGAAGAUGCAGGGCAACAAGGGCUUCGCUAUGGAGAAGCAAAACCACACUCCGAGGAAGCAGCAUCAGCACCAACAACAGCAGCAACAACAACCUCCCCCAGCUAAUGGACAGCAGGCCAACAACCAAAAGCGAUUCUGUACCUUAUUCCCCUCAGAUGAAGGCCUGACAAUUGACAUGAAGAAUUUCCGAAAACCUGGCGAAAAGACCUUCACACAGAGAAGUCGCCUAUUUGUGGGGAACCUGCCCCCUGAUAUCACAGAAGAAGAGAUGAGGAAGCUGUUUGAAAAAUAUGGGAAGGCUGGAGAAGUCUUCAUUCAUAAGGACAAAGGCUUUGGCUUUAUCAGGCUGGAAACUCGAACUCUGGCUGAGAUUGCGAAAGUGGAGCUGGACAACAUGCCCCUGCGUGGGAAGCAGUUGCGCGUGCGCUUUGCAUGCCACAGUGCCUCACUGACUGUCAGGAACCUGCCACAGUUUGUGUCCAAUGAGCUUCUGGAGGAGGCCUUCUCAAUGUUUGGCCAAGUGGAGAGGGCUGUGGUCAUUGUGGAUGACAGAGGCAGACCUUCUGGGAAAGGCAUUGUAGAAUUUUCCGGAAAGCCGGCUGCUAGAAAAGCCCUGGACAGAUGUAGUGAGGGUUCCUUCUUGCUAACCACGUUCCCUCGACCUGUGACUGUGGAGCCCAUGGAUCAGUAUGAUGAUGAAGAGGGACUGCCAGAAAAACUUGUCAUCAAAAACCAACAAUAUCACAAGGAGCGUGAGCAACCUCCCCGUUUUGCACAGCCCGGUUCCUUUGAGUAUGAGUAUGCUAUGCGUUGGAAGGCCCUGAUUGAGAUGGAAAAGCAGCAGCAAGAGCAAGUGGAUCGCAACAUCAAAGAAGCACGGGAGAAGCUGGAGAUGGAAAUGGAGGCAGCUCGUCACGAGCAUCAGGUCAUGCUCAUGAGGCAAGACUUAAUGAGGCGCCAGGAAGAACUCAGGAGAAUGGAGGAGCUGCACAACCAGGAGGUGCAGAAGCGUAAACAACUGGAACUCAGGCAAGAGGAGGAACGCAGGCGCCGUGAGGAAGAGAUGAGGAGGCAGCAGGAAGAGAUGAUGAGGCGGCAAGAAGGAUUUAAGGGGGCCUUCCCUGAUGCGAGGGAGCCUCCAGAUAUGCGAAUGGGACAGAUGGGUAUGGGAGGUGCGAUAGGCAUGAACAACCGAGGGACGAUGGGAGCUACCAGUGUUCCGGCAGGGCCACCACCUGCAGCUGGUCCUGGCCCAAUGAUUCCUGAUGGAGCCAUGGGAAUGACUCCACCGCCACCCGCUGAUCGCUUUGGCCAGGGCGCUGCAAUGGAAGGACUUGGAACCAUGGGAGGAAACACACCGGGAUUCAACAGAGGAGCUCCUGGGGGGGACUUUGGCCCGAACAAACGUCGCCGAUACUAAAUGGGGAGGGAGGCAUGUCCAGUCUCCUGCCCAUUCCAUCGGGACAACCCUUAGGGGCUUCCCUUGGGCACCCGGGGUCUGGCCAUGGCAAAAGGGCACCCAGCCAGAUUUGUAAAGGGUUUAGUCGAUGCCACAAGGUGCAUUCCUGCAAAAUGCAAUGUGAAAAUGGAUCCCAGGAAGCUUCACUAGCUGUGUAGUGUGAGAGGCCAGGUUAGGACCUUGAUGUCUCUCCCAUUCCCAAGCACCACAACACAGGUUCAGCCCCCAGCUAACUCAGCUGCCAUUGGAGGCCUGUUCUGCCUUCAUGCAGCUCUCUGGAUAUAUUUUUCCAGAGCAGUAGAGCAGGGCCUGUGAGUCUGUAAAUGUCUGUAGCUUCAAACGGCUUAUCAUGUGGGGGACGGGGGACUAGUUUUUUUAAAGAAUAAACUUGUAGCUUUUCACUUUUCUCCUCUGGACCAUUUUUUCCUUUAUUGUAGCUCGCUGGUGCAGCCAGGAGGGCCAGGUUAGUGGUGGUGGUGGUGAUAUGGAGAUGACUUAUUCAAUGUGUUGUACCAUUUAAAAAAACAAAACAUUUUUUUUACUGGUAGAAAAGUACAAUCUAUUGGACAAAUUAAAGUUUCCUGUUGAAGACUCAAGUUGAAGCAACUGUUCGUAUAACCCUAACUUUGCCUGUCUUGUGUAGAAGUAUGAGACUUUCUUUAUGUGAACCUGAGUUGUAAUCGUCCACUAACAGGUUGAGUUUGUCUGAAGAUUGUUACAGGAAUGCAUUAUUAAAAGGGAUUUUAAGCCUUUUU